UAUCGAAUUGAUGUUCCCGAAGAUUUGCCUGUUGGGACUAAUUUGAUCCGGUUACUGGCCGUCGAUCGAGAUGCUGACGGUGCGGAUCCUAUCACCUACUCGCUGUGGCCUAUCUCGAUACUGGACACUGAAUUGACGACAGCUUUACGCGAAACGGCUAGAGGCUUCCCAUCAAUUACCAGUUCCAAUCCAGAAAUUACUGCUUUGCAUCAGAAGUUCUCAGUGAAUUCUCAGGGUUGGAUUACGCUUAGGACUUCGCUCGAUUUCGAGCUCCAGUCGGAACACACGUUCAAGGUCGUUGCAAUGGAUGCCGUCGGUCAUUGGAAUGCUAGCUCUGUGGUUGUUUCUGUGAUUGACAUUAAUGAUAACGCACCACACUGGCCCAUCCGUGAAGCAUCUAACGAUCCUCUCGAGCACAUCCUUUUUUCGGAUGUGUCACGUCGACAAAUCCUGCACGCUGAAGUCAACGUCUCGGAGAACCUCGCUCCGACGGCAAAUGAAGUGAUUUAUCAACUGAGCGUGGUCGAUCCGGACAAACAGUCCACCUCGACUGCUCCGGUGUUCUAUCUCACCAUUGAUUCGGACUCAGACUCGGAUACUUAUGAGGCAUUCGCAUCGGCUUCCGCAUUCUUCUCCGUGACCACUUCGGGUGCAGUACGUCUGCGCCGACCCCUUGAUCGCGAAUUGGCAUCAAGUUACACGCUAAAAUUUCGUGCCUCAGAUGGUCUCUUCGUCACUGCAGAUGCGUUUGUUUUGCAAGUAAACGUGUUGGAUGUGAAUGACAAUGCACCAAUCUGUUUACAGCCCGAACGUCAUUUGUCUGUGUUGGAGGACGCUCGUAUCGGAACUGUCCUAACUCGGCUGACAGCUACAGAUGCAGAUGCGGAACCGGUCAACUCCGCAAUCACCUAUCAACUCACCUCGGGCGAUUCGGACCGAUUCACGGUGAACAGUCAGACCGGGGAAUUGCGACUGGCNCGACUGGCCAACCGGUCGCUGGACUACGAGUCUGAGCACACGCAUCGACUCGUCGUGCAAGCCAGUGAUGUGGGUCAGUUGUCUUGUCAGUUUGUGAUUCAUGUGGAUGUGCUCGAUGUGAAUGAUAAUCCGCCCGUGUUUGACCCCGUUCAAAUCAACCCGAUCCCAGAGGAUGCCCCGAUUGGCAGUCUGGUGGGCAAAGUGACCGCACGUGAUCUGGACACCGUGGAUGCGAAUCGUCUCGUCUAUACCUUGGUAGCUGCACAUGAGGCCAGUUUUAGCAUCGAACCGCAGACAGGAUUAUUGAAAGUGAGUAAAACUUUGGAUCGUGAGACUCAAAAUGUGCAUCAUCUGACUGUUCUUGUGCGUGACGGACCUUCCUCGUCGACUGAUUCAUCCGCCCACCGGUUCACGGCCACCACUUCACUCACUGUGCAAUUGUUAGACGUGAACGAUUCGCCGCCUCAGUUUGUGAAUACUUCCGCGCAUAAAUUGAACGUAUCCGAGCUGGCCCCCGUCGGACUGUGGCUGACACGCGUGCGCGCGGUCAGCCAGGACGAGGGACCGAAUUCGCUGAUUCACUAUCGUUUGCUAACCAAACAACCGGAAUUCGCGUUGAACGAAACCACAGGUGAGUUGACACUACAGAACGAACUGGAUCACGAGCGCGCCAGUGCCUACUUCCUCACUCUCGAGGCUCGAGAUCACGGUACACCACCGCUGAGUGCUACAACUGUGGUCACGGUGAACGUGGACGAUGAGAAUGACAAUCGGCCGCAAUUUGUUGGUCGUCAGCCAUUACCGACCCUUUUACUGCUGAAUGGAGCUAAACCCGGACCGGAUGACACGGUCACUAUCGGAGAGUAUUUCUACAGUUUCAGUGUCGCGGAAAAUAGUCGCAAUGGCAAAGAAGUCGGUCGACUCAGCGCCGUGGAUGCAGACAGUGGUGACAAUGGGCGUUUAUGGUACACACUGCUCAGUGAGAAUGAUACCACACAAUGGUUCACUCGUCUGAAUCGUGCCGAAUUGCCCCCAGACACCGAACUGUUGACCGCACCGACCGCACCAAAUCGACCGCGAUUCCGGGUCGAUCCGGAUUCCGGUCGUUUAGCCAUCCUAUUCGAACCGGAUCGGGAAUCGGUUAGUGAAUACUGGCUAGUCGCUGCUGUGGCCGAUCGGGGCAAACCGGUUGCAUUGACCAGUCACACCCUAGUCCGUGUGCGUAUUUUGGAUAUCAACGAUUGUCCGCCCGUGUUCGAGAAACCUAGCUACGAGUUCAUUGUUGAGGUCGAUCGUGCCGGGAAUGUGAGCGGUUGCUAUCAGAGUCAACCGGUUGACGGAAAUGCUCCCGAUGUUGACUGUCGCACGUCCGAAGGUGAUCGCGUAUUGAUUGGUCGCCUGCGUUUGACCGAUGCAGAUGCUCCACCUAACUCCGGUCCGUUCACGUGCCAGUUGACGCAUUCAGGUGCAAUUCAGCUGACCGGGGACUCGUCACGUGCUGGUGCCCUAUUCUCCGUUCGGAAUACUUCUUCCGGUCCAUCCGGGCAAUCGGACGACGCAGACAACAGUCCGAUAGUGCCCAACGGGAAUUAUUCAACCGGAGAGUGUUUAUUGUACGCAGUCGAUCGUCUUCCGGUCGGUAGCCAAAGCCUUGUAAUUCGAGCAAAUGAUAACGGACUGACCGCGCUUCAUACCAGUGUCACAGUCACUGUUCGUGUUGUGCGUCAGGCAAAUUUACCUCCAGAAAUUGUCCGGGGCAAUGCCACACUAACCUACUAUCGUGGUGGAAGUGGCAGUGGUGUUGGAUCAUUUACAUCCUCAAGUCUUAUCACAUCUGCCGACCUGGUUGUCGCACGGGUCACUGUGAAGGAUCGAACCGCUCAUGAUCGACUCACGUUUGAGUUGCUCCCGGAUAGCCCCAGUGCCGGACUGUUCCGUGUGGACGCUUACGAUGGGACUGUCCGAUCGGUCUCCCCCACGGGCACAUUGGCCGCGUCCAGUCCUCCCGGUUCGGAUGACCGAAGUGCACCAGGUCCGCUGAGGCGCAAAACGUCACCAAUUGGUCGCCUGGAUUCUGGUCUGUACCCGUUACGGAUUCGAGUCACAAACGGAUCACUUGCUACAGAGGAAACUCUGUACAUCAAGGUCGUCGCAAUGACUGAUGAAAUGCUGGAAUCAGCCACAGUCAUUCGCAUAUCCAACCUGUUACCAAAUCUGUUCUAUAUGGAGAAUUACGAUCGUCGCCUUCGUAUCUAUCUGGCCUCUGAAUUGCUCACUGACCAACCACCGGUAGUAGGUCGAUCACACGAGGAUCUCGUGUCUACCAGCCUGGCGGAUCACGUGUAUGUUCUAUCUGUCCAAGAAGCGGACAUGGCUGUGUCCGCCAAAGAUCGUCCCGGGGCGGUUCGUGUUCCACGUGGCCUGAAUCGUGCCGUGGAUGUGUUAGUCGCCGUGUACGAUCCCCGAACACGCAAGUUUCUCGAGUCAUCUGUGAUCGCACAAGCGUUGGAUCGAAUCGCAGAUACUAUCUCGUCAGAAUUUGGUGGUCAGGUGGAAGUCAUUAAUGAUGUUUGUACACCACAAGUUUUACACUUUGAUUCGACCAAUAGGAUGUGUUUGGAGCGAUGCACAGGCAUCCGUUACUUGUAG